GCCACGCAAAAGGGAGCCAAUGGACAAACGCGAAAAGUGUCGCGGGAAAUUGCACGCUUAGUCAACGCACGUGUAUAUAUCAACAGCACCUUCCCUCACAACGUCACCCUUCGGCUAGGGAUUUUCGCACACUCGCCCUAGCUCAACGAGCUUCUCUCUAUCCCGGAGACCACCGUGAGUCCAGAUUGGUCAGCAUGAAGAUCACGGCCAUCUUAUCAGCUGGCGUCGCAACCAUUGGUAUUGUGCUAGCAGCUCCAGCAGUUCAGUACGAUGAAGCCCCGAGCUCUUUCGAGGCGCUGGCCGGAUCUGGAGACAAAUGGGCUUUGCAUGCCAACUCAGUCUCGGGAAACCCGCGUAUGUUCAAGAGCCGUCCCAUCGUCGCCCUCGGUGAGGGUACGAUCGAUGGUGUGCCGCAGAACCACGCCCCCCCGACGCAAGUGCACCUACCGCCCUCUUUCGGUCUAGAGAACUUCACUGCUCACCCUCAGUCUACGCCCGUGACCUUCACCCUCACGCACGUGGGCGGUCAAAAUGGCACUCGCUACAGCCUCACCAACGUGACUUUGACCAACGAGAGUUGGAAGACCGCCAACUUCGCCACAGAGUACAUCUUCUACGAGCCGAACAACAUCAUCGCCAUCGGCUGGUACACGCUCUUCAAUCAACCUUGCCCGAAGCGCGUGGGCUGCGAUCCGCUGGGCUGGGACAUCCGCGCAGAGGGCAACCAGAAGCUUCUGAAGCCAGCUGAUCAGACGGGUGGCGCUUGGGAUGCGGUGAAGACGAAGGAAGGUCGCGGAUGGCGCGUUGUGUGGAAGUCGAACGUGGCUACUGUGCACAACGAGGUGAGGAUCUCUGUGGUACCUUUCGACAAGUAGGGGAGGAUUGGAGCCAUGCUGUGCAGGAGAGAAGUCUAUCGGAUCAAAUGCUGAAAACUGAUAUGAAUUGGUGAUGUCAUUGGCAUGAUCACAAUUCGAUGGUCUGAGAGUAGCAGACACCCCCGGACGAGGAAAAAUUUCCGAGAUUU